CUGUAUAAAAUAUCAUCUGUAACAUUUCAGAGGCCAUGAUACUGUCUGCAGGAAAUUCGCCAAAUAGCAUGCCAUAGUUUCCUUUUACUUCACAUAUCAACAUACUUGUCUGGUAUGUGGGAGGUAGGUGUUGGCCCCUGCCGGGGCGACUGAGUUAGAUGCUUGCUGCUCUUUUAGGUGCAGUACAGAAAGACUCCCUUGUGUGAGUGCAGAAGUAAGCAUCUCCUUGGACUUUUUUUUUAUCAUACCAGGUUACACAAGUCAUCAGAUAGUUUCAGUGUCAGAAGUAAAAUGGCUCACUGCAGACGUUGGAAACUGCUGCCAUGGACAGUUAUAGGAAUUACCAUUCUUAUGGCAUUUACAGGUCUGGCAUCUGAGAUUCAGGAUUCUCUGGUCCUGGGAUCCUCCAGUGAAGCUGUGGAGACCUCCUCGGGAGGAGGUGCGGUGGAGAUGGUUACACCUGGACCCAAUGUGGAGGACAGUUCAAUGACCUCAGACUAUGGAUAUUAUCCAGAUGAUACGGAACCUGUGGAGAAAGGAUCGCUAGGACCUGGAGCAAUAUCUGCCAUUGUAAUUGCUGCUGUACUUGGUGUGUCAGUGCUGUUCAGCCUGGUCAUUAUCACCGUGAGAAAGCUGUCAGCCUCUUAGACAAAAUAAAUGGUUGAAAAUAGACAGUUCCAUUACUUGUGGGCCUUUACUUAUCAGUUUGUUUGCUGAACUUAUCCAAAUACUUCCAGUAUAUACUGCCAGGCUAUAUUUAUCAAGAGUCUUUAAUGAGCAGAACAUAGAUGAUCGUUACAGAUCUUAGUACACAAAGACUCUUUAAAUGUGAGAGCUUAGCACAAAACACACAUAUUAGAGAUCAAGAAAAAUACAAAUAUUUGUUUAUUAUUAUUAUUAUUAUUUUUAGCAAAACAUUUUUGUUUAUUUUCGGUGAUGCCGAUGAUUUCUUAAGAAUUUUAUUUGUUGACUGAUCCACUGCAUAACAAGUUCCAGUGAGAUUCAGUGGAUUACAGAUAUUACACAUAGUUUCAGGUUUGCCUUCAGAGACCCAUAAAUGUAAUUUAUGUUAAUGAUAUUCAAACCUGAAGAAAAUGUUAAUGUGACUUGUCCUACAUAUAUAUUUUUUUUUGAUGCCUCUUCCUUAGUGCAACAAAAAAAACCUUAAGAGUUUAAUCUUCACAUAUUCAACAGGGAAAGCCAUAAUUAUCCUUCCACAAUUCCAUUCUCAAGACCGAGACAAAACUGGAUUGUGCUAAACAAGUUUAUAAUAAGAAAUUCAUUCGGUGAGGCCAAGUUCAACAUUUUAUUGGGACUUGUCUUGUCACUGAUUUUGGACAGAACGUUCGGAUGUUGAGAGAUAGAUUUUAAGCUUUAAUGAUCAGACAUUUCUGGCAGCUUGGUAGAUCCGCUGUUUCUUUUCCCCUUUUUGUCAUUUCAUAUAUUUGUAAAUACAUAUAAUAUGCAUGUGAACAGUAAAAAGGCUAAUUAAACUCACAGUUAUAA